GAGAGCGCGCCGGGGCAGCGAGGAGGGAGGAGCGAGGGGAGCGCGGGCCGCAGCCGCCCCCGCCCCGCGCCCGCGCCUCCCGCGCGCAACAGUUCCCCCAAAGUUGCGGCCGGGGAGGCGCGAAGCCGGCUGGGGACGCGGCCUUAGCCCGGCGCGCGCAGCCCCAGGCGGGCGGCGGCAUGGGCACUCGGCAGACCAAGGGCAGCCUGGCGGAGAGAACCAGCCCGGGCGCGGCGCCCGGCCCCCGCCGCGAACGACCCGACUUCUGGGCGUCGCUGCUGCUGCGCGCCGGGGACAAGGCGGGGCGCGCGGGCAGUGGGCUACCCCCCUACCACCGGCGCGUCGGCAUGGUCCAGGAGCUGCUGCGGAUGGUGCGCCAGGGCCGGCGGGAGGAGGCGGGGACGCUGCUGCAGCACCUGCGCCAGGACCUGGGCAUGGAGUCAACCUCCCUGGAUGAUGUGCUGUAUCGCUAUGCCAGCUUCCGGAACCUGGUGGACCCUAUCACACACGACCUCAUUAUCAGUCUGGCACGCUACAUCCACUGCCCCAAGCCGGAAGGUGAUGCAAUGGGUGCCAUGGAGAAGCUGUGCCGGCAGUUGACCUACCACCUUAGCCCUCAUUCACAGUGGAGGAGGCAUCGAGGGCUGAAGAGGAAGCCACAGGCCUGUCUUAAGGCUCUUCUAUCUGGGAAUCCUCCAGACAACAUGGUGGAUCUGUCAGGCAUUCCGCUGACUUCACGGGACCUGGAGCGGGUAACCAGCUAUCUUCAGCGCUGCGGAGAGCAGGUGGACAGUGUGGAGCUGGGCUUCACUGGCCUCACAGAUGACAUGGUCCUGCAGCUACUGCCAGCUCUCAGUACCCUGCCUCGCCUCACUACACUGGCCCUCAAUGGCAACCGACUGACCAGGGCUCUGCUAAGGGACCUCACUGACACCCUGAAGGACCCAAGCAAGUUCCCCAAUGUCACAUGGAUUGACCUGGGCAACAAUGUGGACAUCUUCUCACUACCCCAGCCCUUCCUGCUCAGCCUGCGGAAGCGCUCUCCAAAACAGGGCCACCUACCAACCAUUCUAGAGCUGGGUGAGGGGCCAGGUACUGGGGAAGAAGCCAGGGAAGGUACAGGUCAGCAGGACCCUACAGGGAGCCCUGUGAUGCCUGCCAGGGGCCAGAAUAGGGAGGCUGUGACUCAGACAUGACAUAGAAAUAGGGGUCCUAAGCAGGGAGUCCUGGGCAGCUGAGGCAGGCUAGGGGGGUCUGCCUCCUAUCGGGAGAAUGUUUGGAUGCCCUACACAGCUCUCACCAGGAUGAGAUCAGAGUACUAACUGUGUCUCCAUUCAGCUGUCCUCCUAGACCAGUACAUCUGGACCAAAAAGUUCUUUAUUGGGCCCACUUACAAUUUAGUCAGGUAACCUAGGCAUCUACUCUAAGGCCCUUGGAACAUCUACCUACUUUCCAAUUCUCGGGGGCUUCUUGAAGGCAGGGUUAUCAGCUGGCAAUCUUGCUCCUUUACCCACCAACCAGCACAACUUUUUCUACCAGCUGUUUCAGGCCCUUCCAUAAUCUAGUUCCUGUAUUGGUUUUUCAAAAACUCAUUUUCCAAGGCUCCAGAACCAGUUAAGUCCCAAUUAGCAAAGAGGGAAAAUUUGGGGGAGGGGGGGGCCCUAAUAAGCUCAUCCAACUCAAGCCCGUGGGAAUUAAGUGGUCAAAUUCUGAACUCGGUUGUGGGGAAGCACAGCUUUACAGGCCAGGUAAGCAAAUGAAGUUUACAGGAUCUGGACAAGAUGGCAUUUGCGUGGUACUGCACAAGCGCAGCCAAAGGACAGGAACUGAGUGCAGGUGCCUUACAUGCUUUGGAAUCUGCCCAAGUCUCAGGUUGUGAAGACAGCCUAGACUGACCAGAAGUUUACAGUGCUAAAGCUGGACUGCUUAACACCUGACACUCAACUUUACUCUUCAAAUACAUGUUUUUAAAGGACCAAUACUAAAUAAAGACUGUGCUUUAUUA